GGUGAUGGACAGGUCACACACAAUAGUGGUGUAUGUGUAAGAGGGACUUGUUACAAUGAGACUGAGUGUGACUAUUAUGGGUUGUUGGAUGAGGUCUUAGAAGUAGAAUAUCAAGGCAUAGGGCGUUGCAUCGUAGUAUUGUUCAAGUGUAUAUGGUUUAACCCUACUGAAGGGGUACGUGUGGAUCGAAAGCAUAAUUUGGUUGAUAUUAAAUACAAAUCAAGGCUAAGAAAUGAAGAUCCGUUUAUCCUAGCGUCACAAGCAGAACAAGUGUAUUAUGCACUAUAUCCCGCAAUGAAGGAUUUGAAAGAUUGGUGGGCUGUCGUCAAGACGAAACCAAGGGGUGUAUAUGAUCUACGCCAAUGUGUUAUUGAAGAAGAUGAUGAUGAGUAUGAAGAGGACCAAUUCUUUCAAGAAAGUGAAGCAAUUUUACCUUCUACAAGUAGUGGUGCAAAUGAGGUGGCAGGACCCCUUUCUCAUGUAAUUGAAGGAGAAAUAGAAGAAGUUAAUGACAAUGACAUUGAGAGAGAAGAGGAUGAAGAAGUUGAUGAUAACUUGGAUGAUUCAUCCCAAGAUGAUAUUGAAGAUGAAGAAAACAUAUGUGAUGAUAAUUCUGAUGAUGAGUAAUUACUAAAAAUGUGGAAUGAAACAAUGUAUUUGGAACUAUAUAUUGUCUAAUGGACCUUAUCAAUAACUUUUUAGCUAAAAUGAUCGUUUUCUUUUUCUAUAUACAUUGCACUUUCAUUUAUUUGUGUAUUAUAGCAUGUUACCUUCUCUUACUUCUAAAAUUUUCUAUUAUAAUACAUACUUGUUCUAACCAAUAGUUUAUUAAUUCUUGAUUUUAAGGGUUAGUUUUUGACUAAUGGCGCCACGAGGAGCCCGUGGUGGUGGUCGUAGUGGUAGUCACAUUGGUGGUCAUGAUGCUGGAGAUAGAAAUGCAUCUCAAUCACACAAUAAUGCAGAAAGUCAACCUUCUUCUUCUUCAGUUAGAGGAUCAAACAUCUUGGAACAAGUUCCAAGUAACCCAUCAAAAAGGAAGUUCAUUGAAGUCGAUUCUGAAAAGGAGUACUAAUGUUAAUUUUACAAUUGUUUAUGAAAAUGAAUUUACUUGUUAAUGAUAAUACUAAUGCUAAUUUUUUAAUUAUUUAUUUUUUGCAAGAUUUACGGAUCAGAUUUCAGUGAUUAGAGCCAUCGCAUGUAUACUGAAGACGAUGUUUGACGGCCCAUGGACCUCAUGGAAGAAGGUUGACAAAGAACAUUGUGAUGCAAUGUGGGAACACUUCAAGGGUUUGUAUGUCUGGCCCGAAGCGACUGAUGUUCUUGCUCGCAAGGUAUGGGAAGACUGUAUGAAGAAACGAUUUCCUGACAUAAUGCGAAGAGCACAUGAAGAAUCUUUAAAACUUGCCAAAGCUGCAAAUGUGAAUGCCUCACUAGAAGGUGAUUUAACUUUGCUAAAGGACUAUCACCCAAAUUGGAUAAAAAAAGGAGUAUUGGGAAAAAAUGAUUAAUGAAGUGUGGACCACAUCCAAAUGGAAACGUUUAUCACAAUCAGGGAAAAAUAACAGAAAUAAAUUAGAAGAUGGCUCUGUUUCCAAACAUACAGGGGGAUCUAUAUCUAUUCGUCAACAUAAGAAAAGAAUGCAAGCAACACUUAAACGCCCUCCUACAGGAGUUGAACUUUAUGCAAGGUUGCACACUAAACGGUCUACUCAGGAGUACAUUACACCAAAGGCAGCUAAAGUUAAGGAGGCUUAUGAACGUGCUAUGGUGGCUAAGUUUGGUGAUGAUACUAGUUGCCACCCCCUCUUGGAUAAUGAAACAUGGUGUGAUGUUUCCGGAGGAGUCAAGAAAGGAAGAAUAUAUGGAUUCGGAUCUGUGUCUGAUCCAGCGAGCUUUUUAGAAGGAACAUCUAGUACAAUAACAUCCCAAGAGGUACUUUAUAAAAAUUUCCUAUCAUAUCAUUGUACUUACAAUGUUUCCUAUCAUGGCAUUGUACUUACAAAGUUUCCUAUCAUGGUAUUGUACUUACAAAGUUUCCUAUCAUGGCAUUAUACUUACAAAGUUUCCUAUCAUGGCAUUGUACUUUAGCUUGUCUAUGAACGUGUACGAAAUGAGAUGCGUGGGGAAAUGGAUGCUAAAGCUGCAGAAAUGGAAGCUAAACAUCAACAAAUGCGUGAGGAAAUGGAUGCGAAAGCUGCAUCAAUAGAUGUCAAACAACAACAAAUUGAUGCAAAAUAUGAAGCAAUGGAGAAGAUGUAUGCAGCCUUACAAAAUAUGAUGAGAAAUUGAAAAUUAGAGGAAUGUGAACCGAAGAUGAUUGGAUGGACAUGAAAUGAAGAGAGCAUCUAAAAUGUUAUUUUGAAAUUAUGUUUUGUGAAAACUCAUUUCCCGAUGCAUACUUUGGAUUUCUUGGUGCUAAAAUGUUAUUUUGAAGUUAAACCGUUGGGAGUUUGAUGUUAUAUGGAUAGUUUUGGUUUUGGAUGUUUUUUGAAUGAUACUUUGGUAAACUUUGAUAGUUUUGGUAUUGUAAUGUUUGGUUGCAUUGUUA